GGAGGUGGUUGAAAUCACCUCUUCGUGUCAAGAGAUGAGUGAUAUUAAGGAAGUAUAACUGAACGAAAGACCAGCAGCCACUGGACCCUAGCUUGGGUGUUCAGCUCAGCUUUGUGAAGAAACAGCUUGCAAAACUUCAAGUCCCAAGAUGCCUUUCACUAACAAGUACAAUAUACAUUGUAGAGUACACAUGCUCAGUGUGGUGUCUGGAACCUGUUUUCCUUAUAGGCUUCUGACAGGUUAAAUAAGGUGGAGCAAAUGGCCCCACCCCAAAACCAGUCUAGGGUUCCCAUUUAAGCCCAGCCCCAGGGUGGAGCCGGAAUUUACCUUUGUACUUCACUCUGGUCUGGGUUGGUGGUGACUGGCUGGGUGGGUCCAGAACUGGCUGCCAUCCUGACACGUCUCAGAGCUGCAAGCAGGUUUGAAUCCAGGAUCCUUGUGGCCCUGUCGCCGCACCCCCCACCCCACCCCAAUUCUUGUCCCCUUCUUCUUAUUCUCUAUCCUUUUCCUCUCGGAGCCUUCCCACAGGAUACCACAAUUCCUGCUGCCCUGGAGGCCCCCUAUGUUAGUCACAGGAUUUUUACUACCCGACUACAGGUUAAUAGUCCGCUUGUGAUAGUACCUCACUUUCAGACUCCGGUCUCCGCGGUUUUGUAGCAGGCAAGAAAUGCUGGGAAGGAUGGACCCCAGUGCAGUAUCACCUGAGGGUACAGGUUAGGGAUCAAGGGUGGGAAGAUGGUGUAAGUCAUUUCAUACGAAGCCUUAAUCACUGCCCUGCCUUCUGUAGGUACUGCCAGUCAGCCACCAUGGCCUCUCGGCUUCUUGGGCUGGCAGAAGAGUCUGGCCCAAGCCCCAGGGAGUCUGAAUUGGCUGUGAACCCCUUUGACGGGCUCCCAUUCUCUUCCCACUACUACGAGCUUCUUGAGCAGCGCCGGGCCUUACCCAUCUGGGCUGCUCGCUUUAUCUUCAUGGAGCAAUUGGAGAGUAGCCCCUCGGGAGUGGUGUUGGUGUCUGGAGAGCCUGGCUCUGGCAAGAGCACCCAGAUCCCUCAAUGGUGCGCAGAGUUUGCAUUGGCCAGGGGUUUCCAGGAAGGCCAAGUAACUGUCACUCAGCCCCACCCUCUGGCAGCCCUGAGCCUGGCCCUGCGGGUUGCCGAUGAGAUGGACCUAACCCUGGGUCAUGAGGUUGGAUACAGCAUUCCCCAGGAAGACUGCACUGGGCCGGACACCCUGCUCAGGUUUUGCUGGGACAGGCUGCUUCUACAGGAGGUGGCCUCAACCCGGGGCACAGGAGCCUGGGGCGUGCUGGUGCUGGAUGAGGCUCAGGAGCGGUCAGUGGCCUCGGAUUUGCUCCAGGGGCUACUGCGAAAUGCCAGCCUGGGAAACCUUCCAGGGGACUCAAGAGUGGUUGUGGUUACUGACCCUGCCCUUGAACCUAAGCUCCAAGCCUUCUGGGGCAAUCCUCCUAUUGUGCGUGUACCCAGAGGGCCUGGUGCGUGUCCCACUCCUGUAUACAGGGACACUGUCCCUACUGAUCGAGUGGAAGCUGCCUGCCAAGCUGUGAUUGAAUUGUGUACGAAGGAGACUCCAGGAGAUGUGCUAGUAUACCUGCCCAGUGAGGAGGAAAUUUUGCUGUGCUGUGAAUCCUUGUCCAGGGAGGUGGGGCCCUUGGCUCUCAGAGGGCCUCCACCACGAGUGCUGCCCCUUCACCCAGGACAUGGCCCAGCUGUUCAGGCUGCAUACGAGGACAUAGACUUGGGUGCCAGAAAGGUCGUGGUCACUCACUGGCUGGCUGACUUCUCCUUCUCCCUCCCUUCCAUCCGACAUGUCAUUGACUCAGGACUGGAGCUUCGAAGUGUGUACAAUCCUCAGAUCCGAGCAGAAUCCCAAGUGUUGAGACCAAUCAGCAAAUGUCAGGCAGAGGCAAGAAGACUCCGGGCAAGAGGGGUCCUACCAGGAUCCUGCCUCUGCCUGUACCCUAAGUCCUUCCUAGAACUAGAGGCAUCCCCACUGCCCUCACCCAGGGUAUGUGAGGAGAAUCUGAGCCCCCUGGUGUUACUACUAAAGAGGAGACAGAUUGCAGAGCCAGGGGAGUGUCACUUCCUGGACCGGCCUGCUCCAGAAGCACUGAUGCAGGCCCUAGAAGACUUAGACUAUCUGGCAGCUCUGGAUGAUGAUGGGAACCUGUCAGACCUGGGAGUCAUCCUAUCAGAGUUCCCCCUGCCCCCUGAGCUGGCCAAAGCCCUGCUGGCCUCCUGCGAGUUUGACUGUGUGGAUGAGAUGCUCACCCUGGCCGCCAUGCUCACUGCUGCCCCUGGGUUCACCCAGCCUCCACACUGUGCAGAAGAAGCUGCCUUGCGCCGAGCCCUGGAACACACAGAUGGUGACCACAGUUCUUUGAUCCAGGUGUACGAAGCCUUUAUACAGAGUGGAGCAGACAAAGCUUGGUGUCAGGCUCGGGGGCUAAACUGGGCAGCAUUGUGCCAAGCCCGGAAACUUCGAGGUGAACUCCUAGAACUCAUGCAACGAAUUGAACUUCCCUUGUCCCAGCCAGCCUUUGGCUCUGAGCAGAAUCGCAGAAACCUUCAGAAAGCACUGGUGUCAGGAUACUUCCUUAAGGUGGCCCGAGACACAGAUGGGACUGGAAAUUACCUGCUCCUAACACAUAAGCAUGUGGCCCAGCUCUCCCCAUACUGCUGCUACCGAAGCCGCCGGGCUCCAGCCAGACCUCCACCGUGGGUGCUUUACCACAAUUUCUCCAUUUCCAAAGACAACUGCCUUUCCAUUGUUUCUGAGAUUCAACCACAGAUGCUGGUGGAAUUGGCCCCUCCAUACUUCCUUAGUAACUUGCCUCCCAGUGAGAGCAGAGACCUCUUGAACCAGCUGAGAGAAGAAAUGGCAGAUUCUUCAAUAGAAAGUGAAUCCCCCUCCACCCAAGAGUUUGGAGAUGCCUGUGUCCUGCAGUGACUUGCCUAAGGAAUGGAACUGAGCUCAUCUCAAGGCAUUAGAUCCCCCUCAGGCUAGCACUAAGGCAGCCAGCCAGAUUUAGAAGGCCAAAGGUUAGGGUCAAAUGUAAAUCCUGGAAUCUGAGACUCAAGAAGUGGUGGACCAAGAGUGGAGGGAAUUGGGAAAGCCACAGUAUACAUAAGGUUGGACCCUUUCCUUAGCCUUCUUCUAUUUAUUGGAGAGUGACUGACAUGUCACCGCCAAGCCCCCAACUUAUGCCAAACCCAUCUUUGUGUGCUUCAUUUUGGCCUAUAAAAGUUCUUUUUCUAUGUGUCAA